AUGGCUGCCAAUGCUGCCGCUUCUGUAAAGGCUGGCAGAGAAAAGAAGAAUUGGUUGAUCAACCUGCUAUACGUUCGGCAGGAGUUCAAAGAAUGCAUGGAGGUAAUCGAAGAGCAGCUGCGAGAGUCGAAUGGCAUGUGCGAAUAUGCCAUCUAUGUCAAGGCGCUGAUAAAGCGACAGGAGGGGCAGGUGCAGGAGUCUUUGCAACUAUUUCAGGCAGCCACCUGCAUCAGCCCGCUGAACGUGUACAAUCUAAAGCAGAUGGGUCGGAGCCUCUACUUGCUCGGCAAACAUCGCGGAGCUAUCGAGGUUUACGACGAAGCACAGAAGAUUUCUCCUGAAGAUUGGGAAAUCUGGCACAACAAGGGUCUCUGCCACAUGUAUCUUCGGCAGUAUGACAGCUCCAUCGAAUGCUUCACCAAGGCCAAUGCCAUCCAGCGGCAUGAUGUCACCUUCAUGCAACUGGGAAAGGUGUACGCCUUGCAAGAGGACUACAAGUCUGCCAUUGAUGUCUACACUGAGGCUCUGGAGUUUUCCCCCGAGCAUGCAGAGCUACUGACCACGCUGGGCAUCCUCUACUUAAGGAUGGGUGAGAACUUCAAAGCUUUUGACUACUUGGGCAAUGCGCUGACCCAUGAUCCCAAGAACGCCAAGACGAUUCUGGCAGCGGGUUCAAUCAUACAGGACCAUUCAGACAUGGACGUCGCGCUCAUCAAGUAUCGGGUAGCAGCGGUUCAUACGCCGAAUUCUGCUCAACUCUGGAACAAUAUUGGCAUGUGCUUCUUCGGAAAGACGAAGUACGUGGCAGCUAUUGCCUGCUUGAAGCGCGCUCUGUACUUGGACCCCUUCGAGUGGAUCAUCUCCUACAACCUGGGCCUGGUGCACCUGAACACAGGCCAGUUUGCUUCUGCAUUCCACUUCUUCUCCGCAAGCAUCAACUUGAAGCCUGACUUCCCAUCCUCAUACAUGUACCUAGCCAUCACGCUCUCCCGCUUAGACGAUUUCUCAAAUGCAUGCAGUGCAUAUGAGAAGGCAAUCGAGAUGGAUUCCGAUCACAUGUUUCACUUGAACUUUGCGAUUACAUUGUUCAACCAUGGCGAUCUGACAGAGGCCAGAAGACAAUUUGUACUCUUUAGCGACCUGUUCCAGCAGCUGGAUGAAGAGCAAAGAAACUCUGACCCGGAGGUCAAUGAACAGCGGCAGCUGCUGCAAAGAGUUCUGAACAGCGGCCCCGACAGAACUCUUUGGAGCGCGGACCCCUGCCCGAGCCACAUCAUCGAAAUGAGAGUGGUCCUUCUGCCAACGUUGGCCAUGGUAAAGCGUGCGCUCUGCGGCGGUCUCAGCGUGGGUUGCAACUAUCCCAGCAAGGCCUUCGGUUUGGCAGGAGCCGUUCUGUUCCCAGUCAACGAUGCUUUCCUGAUCGCCGAGACCCUUCAGGCCCAUCUGGGUUUCCGCCAUGAGAACAUGUGCGUUCUUCACGACGUCUAUCCCGGCCAGAAGAAGUCACUGAAGGUGGAGCCAGCAAAAUGUCCAACUCGGGUGAACAUUUUGCAAAAGUUGCACCAGAUGGUUCGUUCGGCCAGACCGGGAGACAUGCUUUUCUUCUCAUUUUCUGGAUAUGGGCUGCAGGUGGAUGACAUGGACGGCUACCAGGAUGAAGGCUACGAAGAAGCAAUCCUGCCGACUGACUUUGUUGAUGGCCGUGAUGGCGACUACAGCGUCAUCUGCACAAAUGACCUCCAUGAUGUCUUGCUCGGCGUUCCUGCAGACGUUGCUGUGACGGCUGUCAUGGCCCGAUCCUCAGUGAUGGCUCUCGCAGCGGUGCACUCUGACCAGUUGCGUGCUUCACCCUUGCGGAGAGUGCAAGAUAGCCACGGGUUGUCGAUUGUCAAGGACUGCGAUCACGCGACCACGUUGAUCGAUGUGAGUGGCACGAUCGAUGGUUCGCUGGUAAGUGGCUUGAAGUUAAGCGACUUCUGCGGCCUCAAGGCGCACUCAGCAAAGAUGAACCUCGCAAGCCACAAUCGCGAUGUUUGGCAGGCCACGUUGAUAGGGCAUCCCAUCUGA